AAGAUUGAAACUCUUGGCUUUACAGUGGUUAUGUCAUCUGCAAAACAGCUUGUGGAACCAUGUCAAAAACAACUCCUGAGGCAUCGAGAGCUAGCAGUAAAGUGGAACCAGUUCAAAUUCUUUCAGUGUCCAAAUCUGGUGAUGCAUUUGCCUCAGAUGUUAUAGCUCGAGCGUUUCCAGCUGAAGGGUCGGCAUCAGAAGCCAGCGCUGAUGCAGCUAGGAAAGCAGUUACAGUGUCUAACCUUGGUCAUCAUUUAGACAAAUGGAUGGAUGAUGCUGUUGGGGGUCAGAGAGACUUGGGAAACUCUGAGGCAGCAGAAGGUCGUCUUGGUCCAACAGAAGUCACAUUCCAAUUUGACAUCCAUACAAAUGUUGGAACAUUAAUUGUUGAUCAGGAUAGAUUAGGGUUGUCAAGCCAGAGUAACUUCAGUAGUAUGAAAGCAAACUGUUGUGUUUAUAAAGGAAAAUGGGCCUAUGAAAUCAUGCUGGGAUCUAAAGGUGUGAUGCAAAUUGGAUGGUGUACAAUAAAGUGCAAGUUCUCACAAGAAGAGGGUGUUGGCGACACUGAGGAUUCUUAUGCUUAUGAUGGCAGCAGGCAAAGGAAAUGGAACAAAACUACACAGAAAUAUGGCGAGGCAUGGUGUACUGGAGAUGUGAUAACAUGUACAAUUGACUGUGAUUUGGGCUGUAUAUGCUUUUACAGAAAUGGCAGAAGUUUAGGGGAAGCGUUUUCAUGUGUGAGACUUGGUCCUGGUUAUGCAUACUUCCCGGCUGUGAGUUUGUCCCUCAGUGAAAGUCUUAGGGCAAAUUUUGGUGCUACGCCUUUAAGAUAUCCUUUUAAUAUAUAUCCUGUGCCAGGGUUUUCACCCCUUCAGAGUUCCCCAAGUACUGAUGUUGUAAAAACAAAUUUACUACUGUCAUACCUAGAGAAACUGCUGUGUAUCAAUAUGGAGAUUGAAGAGGUUCCCAAAUCUCCAGGCAAGGAAGUGGUAUCCAAGGAGAAAAAGCCUGGUCCACUCACAGAGAAGAGAAGUAAAGAUAGUUCUAUACUGCUGAUAGUUGCACAAGUGUUUGAUAAACUGGCACCUUUCUUGAGAAGUACCUACCUUACAGAAGCUUGCCUGUUAAAGCUUUUACUGAGACUGAAUGAUGUCACCGUGGUAACCAGUCAACAACCAAUCAUAUCUAAACUACUAGACUACAUGUGGGCUUUCAUGCAGGGUUUUGAGAUUAGAGGUUGUGUAGAGAACUUGAUGGUUUCUCUAUUGUCAGCAUACAGAUAUACACCUACUACUACAGAUUUCAGGAACAACAGACAGUAUUUAACAUUGGUUCUAGCAAUAUUAAGGCAUCAACAAACCAGACGAUAUCUGCUGGAACACGAGUUAUUUGACAAGGUGAAAUUUCCAAUGUUCCUGCAUAUAAAACCUCUGGAUGAUGCUGGCCUGCAGCAGCUUGCCCCUACUGUCUGGUGGGAAAUGGUUUCACAGGAUGAUGAACCAAGUCAGACUUUAUCAGCUGAAGAACAAAAGAAUAAGGAGCUUUACACAAGAUCUGUAGAUCAACUGAGAGAAAGAAUUGAAGAGAUAGAGGAAAUUCAAGUAGAAAUGCUGAAAGUGCUGCUGAAUCACAGAGAUCUGACUGAUGGCAGAACUUCAAGGCAGUUGUUCCUUGAAAAGUUUAGAAAGUUUAUCAAAGAUAAUAAGCCAAAUUCAUUGACUGUUUGGCCAAUGCCUGUCACGUUAUGUUUCUUUCACCGAAUGGUACAGGCCCUCCGAUAUUACUGGGAUGAUUUUCAGAAAGAAGAUCCAGCAAGAUUUGUCUUCAGUCCGGAAGCUUACAUGCCGAUACAGGAGUUUUGGUCAGACAGUAGGGAUUCCUUUGAUCUACAAAGAUGUGGAGGUUCCAUGUCACACCUUAACAGGAUGCUAGGAUUUGAAGUGAACAAAGCCCAGGGACUGCAGUUAUCUCAAGAUGGGGAAGUCAGAACUUUGGAUAAAUCCAAAUCUGCCAAAAGUGACUAUCCUGCCACAGAAAUGCCCAGUGGUAAUACACUGAUGGAGCUUCUAGAUGGUGUGAUGUUACUGUAUCAUAUAGCUGCACAUAGACAGCUUGGCAAGAUGAAUGUACUGAAAGAACAUAUACAAGAAUACAUACAGUCUUACAAGGAUACACUCAAAAAAUUGGAAUCUUGUCCUAUUGAGAUGACAGAAGUGAGAGACGAGUUGGUAAGGGCCAGAUCAGUGUUCCUGGAGAAGAUUACAGAGCAAGCUAGGCAGAUCUGCUGGGUUAGAGCCAUCAUCUAUUCCAAGCAAAAACAGCUUGAUGUUGCCUGGUUACUGAAAGCUGCAUUGAAGACAGUGAGUAAAGCAUCAGAGUACAGGUUGCUGUUCCAGUACAUGCCAGAGUUCUACCUAGACAUUGUCAUAUAUGCACACAAUGCCUUGAAAAACUACUUCCAUCCAUACAUGUUGUUUGAAUCUUUGCCAGAUUAUGAUGAGUUGAUGAGAGGUUUUGCUGUAUUCCUUGUCAAUCAUUUUGCAGACUCUAGGAUUGUUGUAACAGAUACAAGGGAUAACAUUAUACAGGCUCUAGCAUGUUUCACAUGCUAUGAGAAGUCACUUAAAGUGCUUGAAAGCCUUCCAGUUGAAAAGUGCAAGAUGAAGCUAAAAGCCCUUAUAGCUCCCUAUGAGAACAGAUCCUGGGCUCAAACCAACUGGAUCCUAGUCAGAAUAUGGAAGGGUUGUGGGUUUGGUUUUCGAUAUACUCACCUUCCACAUCUAGUCCCUUCAAAAGUACAGCUCACAGAGUUUGGUUCUGCAAGUUUACAAAAGCCAUGUCCUUCACCUAAGUUCCAGAGUAUGCUAGCAGAUAUAUUAACAUCAGAGGCAGAAGUGGCAACAAGAUUUCUCGAUACUCUUCUCAACCAAUUAAACUGGUCAUUCUCAGAGUUCAUUGGUAUGAUGCAAGAGAUACAGACAGUCAUAUCACGAACAGAAAGGAGGAUUUUUAUUGAGAGUCGACAGCUUAAGAUCUGCGGAACAUGUUUUGAGAUUUCCGUCUGUCUGUUCAGGGUCGUGGAGAUGGUGGUUGCCAUAGCGCCCAGUCUCUUCACUGAUUGGAAGAAACCAUCUGCUGAAUUGUUAAUGCACAGGUUGAUUCAGCUUGUUUGCCUAGUGUUGAACAGAAUAACACAGAAGAAUGGAAUGUUUGACAGUGUAGUGUCCUUGUAUAUAACAGGUUUGGAGAGUGUUACACACUAUCCUAUGCUAUCUGUGAUUGCUGGCAUUCUAACUAUGCUCAUAGUCAAUGCUGACCAGGAAUGCCAGGAGAAGGUUACCGAUGUAUUACUGUCAGACCAUGGCUUCCAGAUUACUGCCCUUGAAUUUAUGCUUGGUAACCAUGACAAGAAAGAAACUGGUGCAACUGGAGGCCUGAAACCUAUGAAAGAAAAGCAGUUUGAUUUUAGAAAUUAUGAGGAAGUGAAUAAAGAGGAGAUAGCUAGUGUUGAAACAUUGAUUUCUCACCUGCGUAACAAACAGACAACCUUUGUACGACAUGAUAAUGAAAUCAAAGAAGAGGAAUUGUGCCAAAUUUGUUACGCUCGACAACAGACUACAGUCUUUAAGCCCUGUGGACACCAGUCUUGCAGGUCAUGUAUAAACCACCAGAUGUUGAUCAAGAAAGAGUGCUUCUUUUGUAAAGCUAUUAUAACAUCAGUUGAAGAUCUACAGCCAUCCACCAAAGAAAAGCUCUGAGUAAUGCUCCACUGGAUACAAAAAAUAAAAACAUUAGGGAUGGCAGGGAACAGAAAUAGUACUGCCAACUAUAAUGAAAUUAAUCUGCGAAGCCAGUCUGCAUCACUUAGAAACUAAAAUCUAUAAUGGAUCUUAAAUUCUCACAUGAAAUUUAAGAAGGAAAUCUUGCUAAUUUUCUUUGUUUGGCACUUAACAAGCACACAGGUGAUGAAUGAUCAGGGUAAUAUUUGAUUUCAUAUAAAAAAAAAAACAACAGCCAGUUGUUAUUCUGUAUAUUAUUAUAUCUUUGGUCAAAGCAUCAAUGUUUUCAAAACUUAAUCUUCUACAAAUUAAACUAUUAGAAAAAAAAAUUUAAUAUAUCAGAAGUUGAUAUAUGUUUCUAGCUGGAGAAAAAGGCUAAACGUUUUUUUACUUUAUAUAAACCCCCUUUUUUCCUACAAAUGAUAAAAGGAGUUUUCUAUACACAUAGCAAAUGACUUUUUUAAUUGAGCAGGGUUAAACUUACUGAAAUAAAUUUUCCAGUCCGCAUUUACAGUUUCUGUAAAGAAUAUAAUAUUUAAAUGCUUUCUCAGCUUAAAAAGAAAUUUACAUGAAUUCUUGAAGCUUGUUACCAUUACAAGAAAGACUAUAAUAUCAGGGGAGGAUCCAGGAUUUUUUUCCAGGUGGGGGUUCCAGAUGGGGUAGGUGCGGGAGGGGCUGUCCCCCUCCUGCUGGGGUUAGUUAUGGGGAAAUAUUUAUAUCUCGGUUGUCAACGGAGAGGGAAUUUCAAGCACUUUAGAGUACAAAAAACAAGAAUCGGAAUCCCAUCAAAAAUGUAAUCAUCAUUUCGAACAUUCAGUAAAAUCACUUUUUAAACUGUUUAAACGAAAGGAAACCUGGAAUUGGAGAGACUGCCAACCAUGCAAUGCAGCUUUUUGUAAAGCUGUAUGCAGUUUACCGAUUUCUUCCAGCUCACACAUCACUAAUUACAAGUGUGCAAGAAAAUGAAAUUCAAAGCGACUUAAGCAACUUAUUCAAUGAAAUAAUAUCUUCGCACAGUGUAACCGGUGCAAGACACAUACACAGACUGUUACGUCAUGUAAAACAAAGUAUAUAGUAAAUACCACUCCAGUAUCGAAUAUACCAUUUUAGAUCACCGUUAAAUAUAGGUGUGUACUGUUCUAGACGAGUUCAUUUAUCUAUUUAUUUAUUGAAUUUAAUUUUACGAUACACAGCAAGUUAUGUUUGGAUUCUCGGUGCCGCAGCACGUUAUAAUAUGAGUUUUGUACUGUUUGUUCAAUUGUGCGAGUGCAGCUUUAAAAGUUUUCACCAUUCAGUUUGAAAAUUUUUGGGAGGGGGGUCCUGACCCCCCUCUGGAUUUGCCCAUGAAUAUAAAGCUAAACAUUCGGACAGUUUCUAGAUACUUAUCAGUACAAAAAAGGAAUGCUGAAUGUCUUUUUUUAGCUGUUCUGAAACAAUCACACUGAACAAGAUGUCAAGAAACGGUAUAUGCAUUUUAAAGGUGGUUAAUCAGGUUUUGGCCAACUAAUAGAUUUGUUCCAAACUUAACCAAUUAGUCAUUUACACUAAUUUGUGUUCACCAAGUUCUGAAUACUUGACAGAUUUUCACUGAGAGGUUUUUUAAACUUUGGUUUUCCUGUCCAGGUUGCCCAACCAAGGUAGCAUUAUUUUAGCAUAAGUAUAAAUUUAAUAAACAUAUUUUCCUAAGAAAUUUUAUGAAUGUAAGCACUACUGUAUUAAAGUUGUCAAAGAUUUGCAUUGAUAAGUACAUAUUUUGCCAAAAUUCAUUAGAAAUGCAAGUUUAUAGAAUUAUUACCUCCCUUUGUCUAUCUCGGUUGCACAACCUAAAUAGAUUGAAAAUGAAUUAAUUCCAAAGGUACACACUGUUUUAAAACUUACCUUUCACUUCAGGUAGUUGAAAUAUCCCAAUAUUUAUCAAAUGCAAAUGUAAAACUAGAAAUUAUAUUGAAAUCAAAAGAAAUAGUCCCCUUUUUAAACACUUUUGUAUUAAAGAGAGGUAACUACAAAAUUUCAUAAAAAGUAAUAAAUUAUACAUUUCCAAUAUGGAUCCAACUCUUUGUAUUGGGCCUUUUUGUUCCUUAAAUAAAUCUGUAACAGGACAUAUUUACAGGAUAUAUGAAAACUGAAAAAUGUCAGAAAAUGUUGCUAAAAUGUGAUUGACCAUCUUUAACAUCAGGGAGGUAAAAAUGUUAUCCUUGUAUUGAUAUAUGGGUAAAUGGAUUUCUAAGUGUCUAGUAAACAUAAUCGGAACAUUACAAUUUUUGCAGAGCUUAGGUGAAAAACAUUUAGAUUUAUUUGGAACAAUUUCCAGAAGCUGGGUAAGACUGUGUAGAAGGUUUUUCUUCACGGAAAUGUAAAAACACCCAUUUCAACUUUUCUACAAUCACUCAAACCACUGCCAGUAUCAUUAUAUUCAUUCUAUGGGCAUUGAAAUUUCAGUUAGGGUAAUAUUUAUUUAUUAGUUAAAGAUUUCCUUUCAUUGGCCUUCAUUAGAUUUUUUCAUUUUGAGUAUUUGUAUUUUGUCAAACAAUAGAGCUAUUGUUGUCAUCCCAUUUGUGUUGCAUUUCUAAGGUGUUUUUGUUAGGCAAUUUAGAAGGAAGCAGGUUUCUCAGAAACUACCAAACCAAAUGUUUUCCAAGUCUACAUAAAUCUUUGGCUCCAUUAGAUAGCUCUUGUUUACAGUUAAAGAAUUUAUCAUUGUUAUACACAUCAUUUUCAAUGCAUGCAGUAUUCUAAACAGCACAAGUUCAUUUUUAGUUUAUGUAUUUUUUAAAUGAUAUUCAUCCAUCACUUGUUAAAUUUAUGUGUCAAAAGGCUAUAAUAGUGUGUACAUGUCUUCCCAAGUUCUAAUUUGCCAUGACAUAGCCCGGUGUUCAUUUCCAUAAUAUUUAUAACAAUAUCCAAGGGAAGUAAAUCUGUCAUUCUUAAUAUAUAUUUAAGACAUUUUGCCCUUGUCAGUGUAUUCCAGAUAUAGUCAGAAUUUGUAAGUAUUUUUCAUUAAUUCAGACGUCUUAUUACAUUUCUCCAGGAAGUGUUAUUUCCAUUCUAAGGUAAUCAUAAAAAAGUAGAAACUUCUAAUAAUUUUGACCAGUGCUUUUUAAAAUAAUAUUUCAUAAACUAAUUUAAUUCUUAAUUUAAAUGUGUAAAUAUCCUGUUUCUUAUGUUGUCAUGCAGUGGUAUAUAUGUCUCUGUGUGAAUUAACGUAGAUGUGACUUGAGUGUUCACCUGUGCUAUUAUUCAGUUCAAGAUAUUUUAAUGCUCAGGGCAACUAGAAGAUAUUUCAGAGAGCAUUAGAACACUUUAUUUUGAAUAUUUGGUAAUUAGUAUACCCUUAUUGAAUAGCUUGCCAGAAAGUAGUCAAAACUAUUGCCUGAUGUCCAAAGGACAGAGGGCCUGUAGUUCUGAUUAUUGACUGGCAAGCAAUUCAAUAAAUGUUUCAUUACAUAAUAUCAAGAAUAGACUCCUGUGUUUUUUUUCUUGAAGUUUUGACUUCAAUCCAGCAAAAUUUAGUGUGGAACUAUAGACUGGUCAGUAACAGAAUUAUGGACUGGACAUUUAUAUAAGGAGUCAUGUAAUGAUUUAUAAUUUGACAUCAUUAUAUUAAUUGUAAUAUUGGAUUGUUGUUUUAAAUAGUGCAUUGUUUUAACAGUGUUAUAAUUAUAAGGCUCUAUUUUGUUUUUUGUGUAGAGCAAUAGAAUAUAUAAUUCACAAAGUGCCAAUUUAGAUUUUAUACUUUUUAACAAAUACAUCAGUGUAGUAUUAUGUUAUUUGUUGCUUUGUUUUAGAAUUAUUAGUGGUCUGUAUAUAGUUUAACCCUUACCCUGCUAAAUUUCUAUAAUGGACUUGUCCAUCUUUCAAUUUGGACAGUACCAUUAACUGUUAAAAAGGGGUGCUUACCAAAAAGAUACUGACUAAAUAGUGAACAGUGCAAAUCUUGGUCAGACUGCACGGAUGUGCAGGCUGAUCAUGAUCUACACUUGUCGCGAAGGCAGAAUCAAUCUUGUCCAGCAUGCUAAGGGUUAAUCGUUCCAGAAUAAAUUUGGAUUGCUUCUUAAUAAAAUUCUUACUGUUUCA